UGUUGGUUCACACCUUGCAAGUGCAGGAUACACAUACAUACGUGAGUAGUCAUCUGUUCGAUCUAUAAUUUAAGAAAAACUAAGGGUGGAUUUAAUACUUCAGUAUAUUGGGCGAACUCAUGACAACCUCUUAUUUAGCGUCACACCUUAUUUAGUAAAUUUGCGAAAUUUUUGUCGUGACGGGCUUCGCGAAAUGGAUAUAUGUAUCUUUGAAAAUCUUGCAAAACCAUCAAAAUAUCGAUUUUUAUUUAUAAAGUUUGCACGGAUUUUUGUAAAUUCUCUUUUCGUGAUUGUGAGUGGAAGGCGGAGACAGUGCAACGAAAUGUGUAAGCACGUGACGAGAUGCUGGGUGAACUUCCGAGCAAAAAUCCCUCAGAUUUUUAGCAAACCUUGCAAAGUAGCUUGAAUUUGCGAUGUGAUAUUACCAAAGGUUGACGUGAAUACGCCCAAUAUUUGGCUUGAGUAUUAAUAAAACUACGUCAUCCACUGAUGACGCGAGUAUAAACUCUUGGAUAAAUCCAAUGUGUUCAAAUCAAAUUGCGUAGUGACCAUCUUAUGUGUAGGCACAUCGUGUUGAUGAGACGAGUAAAUGAGCACGUUUAAGUGUCAAAUUUCAGUACCAAUUUCUUUGUGUGUAGUUUUUCGAAUUAGUUUAAAUACUUAAUUGGUUGUGAAAGUAUAGAUUAUGACCAUAGAACAUAGAGCAAGCAUGGAGUUGAUGGAAUCAAUUUUCAAGAACGAACUGUUGCUGGAAAAUAUAUUCUCCUCCAUGAACUUGAACGGGAUUAAAACUGUUCGUUUCGUAAACAAAAAGUGGAAAAGAAUCGCCGCACAAAGAUUUUCGGAAAUUAGUAGGGUUUUCAUCCAGCUUAACAACGAAUUUUCUCGGAUCAAAGUGGACAUUAAUGAUAAGCCCUUUAUUGUCUUGAAAUGGGGGGAUGACAUCAACACAGCGCUGGAUGAUAAACUCGCAACUUUCAAACAUUUUAAAUUGAGCAUUACUAUUUCUGAGGAAGCUGAAAGAAAAGAAAGGUCCGAACAGGCGUUUUUGUAUUUAACCCAAGUUUUACGACACCUGAGGUGCCCAAAUGGUUCGCUAAUUCAUUCCCUCAUGUUACACCAAAUAAUGAAGGAAAGCAAUAUUUCAAUUGACCAGUUGGCAUCAAUUUCUGAAGCGUGUAAUGACUAUUCUCACGUGGAAAUUCGUCCGAGAGGUUAUUCCCUGGUCGAUGCUUCCAAACUGCCAAAGAUGAUAUGUAACACGUUACGAGUUUAUUACUCGACUGAUGUGGUUCACGCUUUUUCAAAUUUUUUAAAGACGAAAAAAGUUAUUUUUGUGGACGCGUCUUUCAUCUCAUUGGACAAGGUUACAGCGGCCAUUAAUGGGAAUGCGGAACAAUUCGGAGCACUGGAAGAAAUCGAUAUAACAAUGAAGGUUAACGUUAAAGAACUCCUACAUCUAGCGGUAAUACACCCUUUAAGACGACUAUCAAUUCGAAUUGUAAAUGGAGAUAUGCUUUACGCUGGGAUAUCAAGUUUGACAGAAUGUAUCACAAGACAUGCCCCGAUGUUAGAGGUUUUGAGCUUGGAGUUCCUACAAAGCCGGAUAAAGUCAGAAUUCUGUAAAUUUGAGGGGACGGAAUUUCCAAAGUUAAUGCGACUUUACAUCGGAAAAGAUGUGACAUUCGUAGAUACCAGUUCUCGCGAUGUUGACAUUUUUAACUUCAAUGGAGGAAUAGAGAGGGGAACAUUACGCAGCAGGUUUCCUGUACUGAACCGCAUUGAAAUUGUGGAGCCCUCCGACUCAUUUUAUCCACUGCUGAAUGCCCAGAAGAUUACAGAACUUCGAGCGAAAUUCGGGAUACAAGUAAUUCGCAAUGGGGUGUCAAAUUAAUAUCAUUUAAAUUUGUUAAUUCAAGAUGUACAUAUUUAUGCGGUAUCAACUACACACCGACUUAUCAAUCUUUCUCACAUUUACAGCUUUUGUAGCAUAAUGUGAAUAUUCUGCACCAAAAAGACGUUAACAUUAUUUGAUAAUUUUUAAAUAUUAAACAAAUCAAUGAAGUGGUCAAUAAUAAGCUGCAUAACAUAAACAAGGUUAGCAGAUAUCCAUCCAACUUUUGGAUUUCGAUAUUACUUGUUCCAUCUGCCUAAUUGUUAUUUGCCUCAUUUCAAUAUAAACAAGAGAAUAUCGUUCGUCCUGCAACAACCUGUAAAUUCCAGAUUCUAGAAUUGCAAAUAAAUUUCUCCGCACUGUUGAUUUUGCA